UCCCCGGGACCACAGUACGGAAACGGCCCGGGGCUGAAGUGCACUCCGAUCCGGGGAUGGAGGGAGCCGGAGAAGAGCAGUGAGGAGGCCGGGAAGCAGCCCCUGCUGCCCCGCGCCCUCCUGGAGGCCCGCAGCCUGCUGUGGCAGUGGACGAGCAGGCAGCCCGAGGGAACGGGGUCAGGAGGUCGGGCCUGGGCCUUGGAGGCCCAGGCGAGGCCCGAGCAGGCAGCCCCGGGCGCCCUGGAGUCCAGGGCCCAGGCCUCGCUCGCUUCUGCACAGAGGGCGCAGGCCAGGCCUCGAGUGGGGAAACUGAGUCAGGCCUAGGCCUCAGGGUGCGGCCCAGACGCGUGUGCCAACCCAGCCAGGCGGACCGGGCCAAGACCCUCGAGGGUCUCCGAGACCAGGAGGGUAGGGGGCUUCAGGGCCUCCUGUUCCAGAGCGGGAUUGGCGAGUUAGACGCUUGUAGAUCCAGAGUUGGAUUGGGGAGGGGUCUCUGGGACGUUGGCUCGCCAGGCAAGGAUUGGGGGGAUCUAAGUGCUUGGAGAUCGAAGGCAGGUCUUGAGGAGGGGGACGCAGACAAUUGCAAAGCCUAGGCGGUUAUUUGGGGAGGGGUCUCCGCGCUCUGGCGAAGCUCAGAGCUGCUCCUGCCUGGUCUGGGGUCUGAGGCCUGGUCAAGAGGCGCUUCUGCGAAGGGUGGGCCGACGCAGGCCAAGCGAAAGAAAAGUGAACAAGUCAGGACUAUACGUGGGCGGGGGGCCCCCCGCCAGGGGUUCACAAAGGGUGAGACAUGGCCACCAGGCGCUUAACCGACGCUUUCUUGUUGUUGCGGAAUAAUUCCAUCCAAAACCGGCAGCUGUUAGCCGAGCAAGUGAGUAGUCACACCACCUCCAGCCCUCUGCAUUCACGUAGCAAAGCUGCGGAGCUGGAUGAGCUUGCCGACGACCGGAUGGCUCUGGUUUCCGGCAUUAGCUUAGACCCAGAAGCAGCGAUUGGUGUGACCAAACGGUUACCUCCUAAAUGGGUGGAUGGAGUGGACGAAAUCCAGUACGACGUUGGCCGGAUCAAACAGAAGAUGAAGGAACUGGCCAUCCUGCACGACCAGCAUCUGAACAGACCCACCCUGGAUGACAGCAGUGAGCAAGAGCACGCCAUUGAGAUUACCACCCAGGAGAUCACGCAGCUCUUCCACAGGUGCCAGCGCGCGGUGCAAGGGCUGCCCGCCCGGGCCCGCAGGACCUGCUCGGAGCAGGAGGAGCGGCUGCUGCGCAACGUGGUGUCCUCGCUGGCGCAGGCCCUGCAGGACCUGUCCACCGGCUUCCGGCACGCGCAGGCCGGCUACCUGAAACGCAUGAAGAACCGAGAGGAAAGAUCCCAGCAUUUCUUUGAUGCAUCAGUACCACUGAUGGAUGAUGGAGACGACAACACUCUCUAUGAUCGGGGUUUCACGGACGAGCAGCUGGUGCUGGUGGAGCAGAACACGCUGCUGGUGGAGGAGAGGGAGCGGGAGAUCCGCCAGAUCGUGCAGUCCAUCUCCGACCUGAACGAGAUCUUUCGGGACCUGGGGGCGAUGAUUGUGGAGCAGGGCACAGUCCUUGACAGAAUCGACUACAAUGUGGAGCAGUCCUGCAUCAAGACCGAGGACGGCCUGAAGCAGCUGCACAAGGCAGAGCAGUAUCAAAAGAAGAAUCGGAAGAUGCUUGUGAUUUUAAUAUUAUUUGUCAUCAUUAUUGUCCUCAUUGUUGUCCUCGUCGGCGUGAAGUCUCGCUAAGCGGCCUGGGGUCUGUGUGCGCUGCCUGGAUCCGGGUGCGAGGGGCUCGGCCGCACCGGCUGCCCGUGUGGGCGCCCGAGCGAGGGGCGCGGGCUCCGUUUCCGGCCUUGUCGAGAACUAAAGACCUUCGGUGCUGCAGACCAGAGAUGAGUCCGGUCGCCGGCCACAGUGGUUUCAGAGAGAAACGAGCGGGACGUUUACAGCACCCACAGCUGUUCCACGUUCUUGUGAAUGAGCUGUUUUUCUUAGCAAUCACAUCUGAGCAGCGUGUUAAAAUCAUUUUGGGGGAAAAAACUUUAAAAACCAUCUGGUUUUUAAGGAUUUGGUACCAAAAAUUUAUGGUUAGAGGCAAAAAUGCCUCUUCAUCUCUCUCUCUAUUUUCCAGUUGAAAACAAACUGAGAAGUCCGUUAAGAAUUUAUAAUCCAUUCCCCAUUACCUUAAUUUCGCUUUUCCAUCACUGUUAAUGAUCAGAGUAACAAAGUGUGAAAAAUAAGAAACCAUCAUCGAUGUUAAUUAACACAUUUAGACGGGCCAGUUAAACAGCUGCACAAGUUUAGAUUAAUUGUAGAUGGGUGUUCCUCAUCGACAGUGCACACACUGUGUCCUGUCAACCGAAAGGGUCGCUGAGCAAAACACCUCGGCUUCAGAGUCGGCGGUCUGGGCGGACCUCACAUUGCGAGGAGCUUGGCAGUGUCGGGAGAAGCCCAGGAUUGGCCAGUGUGCCCUGUGCGGGGUCCCCAGCCAUCCUGGCUCAAUCCAUUGCUCAUAUGCUAACGACAUAAUGACCUGUUCAAGCCAGCCACCACUUAAUGAACUGUGAAUUUACACAGAGGCCAUUCUAAAUGGGUCACCCCAUUUGGGUCUCAAAUUAUUAACCAAACAUCACUCCAUUUCAAAGUGAAAUAUUCCACCAGAGGUGUGAUUUAUUGCUCUCCCAAUAGCACUCAACAUGCCCAGAAAGGAGGCAUAUUCCUGCAGGUGGCGGAAAUCGGGACCCGCAACCCCUCGCGGCGUGAGUGGGCCGGACCGCCGUGGGCUCGGUGCUGAGCGCCCUGUCCCAGUGCAGUGCGCAGACUCGCCCCUGCCCGAACGGUGGGGACUGAGGACAGCGUGGAGAACGGGGCUGCCCUGUUCCGUUGCUCCCGAGACACGAGGGUCGCCUUGAUGGUCUUUGUGUAAUUUUUUAUGGCUUUUCCGUUGUGUUUACCUCGAAUGUGGUACAUUUUAUUUAGACCAGUCACAUAAAAUGCUUCUCUAGAAUUUGACUUGGAAGUUGUUUCUAGAAAUUUGAGCCCACGUCCAGGAGUUCAGGUUGUCCCAGCUGUUUGUUCCCGAGCCGCCGGUGCCAGGGAGCCCUGGCUUCAUGGCCAGUGUGGCCACCGGACGCUCCAGGCGGCCCUGGCGCCGCGGGAAGCACGUGGUGCCCCCGGCAGGCCUUGGUCCCAGAGGCUGAGCACAGCUGUGGGUGUCCUUUCGUGCCUGCCCACCCGCCCAGCGGUGAGUGGAGCCCGGUGUCCCGGCAGACCCACCGCUCCUGGGAGUGCGGCUGUCCCUCCCACACGGUCUCGGCGGCGGCACUGGAUCACUGUUGAAAGCUUUUGUUUUUAAUGUUUU